AUGAAAGUCACUGUCACUCCACAUGUGAGCCUAAACUCAUCACGUUGGGUAAUAUCUGAGAUCGAUCUGAUAUCUGAAGAUAAAUCAGAUAUUCAGAUCGACCUUUCAGACCAAGAAGUCACUGCUGUCCGACGCAUUUCCAUUUGUCAAGACGGCAAGAUGAUUCCCACCAAACAUCUUAUUUUGACAUUUAAUAAACCGACUUUGCCAUCUGAUAUUACAGCAGGUUAUCUGCGCUGCCCAGUUUGCCCAUAUGUUCCAAAUCCACUGCAUUGCUUUAAAUGCCAGCAAUUUAAACAUUCACAAACAGCGUGCCGAGGAAAAUGCAUAUGCACACAGUGUGGAACUGAAGGCCACCAGAGUACUGAGUGCUCCAGUAGUCCAUGCUGUGUGAAUUGCAAAGAUGCCCAUCCUGCCUACUCUUGA